AGGGUAGAGCGCGUACAUCAGACCUCGACUAUGCUGCACUGAAUCGACACGUGGCCCGCCUGCAAACAUCCUCCGAAGGUAUGUCUGCGAACUCCAAGUCCAACCCCAACAACAUCUCCGAAGGCGACGACUCCUCGUUGCGUUCGCUGAGCUCCGAAGACGUCUCCCAGGCGCCCAGGGGAUACUGCUGUGCCAAGUCCAUCAACCCCGCUGAUGGCAGGGGUAGGAAACUACACCUGCUGCAGAUGCUGGUGCUGCCCUUCAUCCCCAUCAUGGCGCUGAUCGUGCAGACGGCCAUAAUACUGGACAACAUCAUGAUAUACAGGAACGAAGUGAUGGACAUAGAGAGCCAGGUCACUAUAGCUACAGAGUUAGGAAAAGUUGUAACCAGGAUGCAACUGGAGAGAUCAGAAGUAGCUUUCUACGUAUACACCAAUGGAGAUCAUUAUUUAAGAACAGACCUAGACAAACGUUUCGAACUGACAAACGAGGCGCUAAAGAACAUGAGCAGUUGGCCCUCUGUCAUCAUACAAUUCGAAGGACAAAAAAAAUUGUACCUCAACAAGAGCACCUUCCAACAUGACCUGACAAAAUUCAGAGAAACGUUAAUAAAAUCAGAAGAAAGUUCCAUAACCGACGUCUUAACGUGGUACACGUCUGUUAACGCCGCCAUGUUGGAACACCUGACCAAUCAAAUCAAAGAAACUGAUAACAGUGGAGUGUGGAGGUAUCUCUUGGCUUUCAAAAACCUGCUAAAGAGCAUUGAGAGUACAGGGAUAGCAAGCGUGUAUGGAGUUAAUUAUUUUGGGAAGGGGUACUUGAAGCAGUCGAACUACAUCGGAUACAUAACUCACGACGCCAUAGCGAAGGAUCUGUUGAACACCUCGCUGAAUUACGUGCCACAGAUGAAGAAGGAGUACAGGGCUUUGGCACAUAACAUGCCAAACUAUGGAAAUAUCAAACGCAAGAACGACAUAAUACUGCGGAACAUCACAAGGAAGCCGAAUUACCAAGAAGCUUUGGAAUACUUUGAUUCGAUGGCAACUUAUACAGACGAACUCAGAAAAAUCCAAAGAACAUUGAGAGUUAUAAUCAAGAAUUAUGUCAACGACAAUCUUCAUGACGCGGCUAACAGGGAAGCUGUGGGAAUAGCGACCCUAGUACUGGUACUGGCAGUGUCUCCAGUCAUCAUUUGGUUAGUUAGGAACGCCGUUGCCACGAUACAGUUAUACGCAGCCAACUUGGCGAAGAAAGCCAAAGAACUGAAGAGGGAGAAGAAGAAGAGCGACCUGCUUCUCUUUCAAAUGUUGCCCCCUAGCGUCGCUGUACAACUCAAGCAGACCAGACAGGUACCUGCCGAAUACUACGCAUCAGUCACAGUUUAUUUUAGCGACAUUGUAGGUUUUACCGAAAUAGCCGCCGUUAGCACGCCAUUGGAGGUUGUUACUUUUCUUAACAAAAUCUACAAGCAGUUCGACGCAAGGAUAGAAUGCUACGACGUCUACAAGGUGGAAACGAUAGGGGACUCGUACAUGGUGGCCUCUGGACUUCCGGUGAAAAAUGGAAACAAACACGUGACCGAGAUUGCUAGCAUGGCCCUAGACCUUCUGGCCGGUUCGAAACAGUUCAAAAUCCCCCACAGGAAGUCGGAACGCCUCCAGAUCCGAUCUGGGGCCCACACGGGCCCGGUGGUUGCUGGUAUAGUGGGUUCCAAGAUGCCCAGGUACUGCUUGUUUGGGGACACCGUGAAUACGGCGUCUCGAAUGGAGUCUACAGGGGAAGCGUCUAAAAUUCACAUAAGCUUAGACAUGAAGAACGCUUUAGACGCCAUUGGAGGAUAUAGAAUGGAGCACAGAGGGCUGGUUGAAGUUAAGGGAAAGGGGCUCAUGGACACCUAUUGGCUCACUUGUAAGGAGGGAGGCGUAAAUAAAUCGGUCGAGAUGGAAACUCCGUCGUAUUUCCUGGAGGAUGAGGAUACCGAGCCAGUUUUUAUAAAGAGACUGAGAAAUGAAAGCUACUUUUAACAAAUAGUUUAAUAGAAGUAAUGUAAAUUUAUUCUUAUAUUAGGUGUCGCAUACCUAAUUGUUUAUAAUACCUAUAAAAUAAGAUGUUAUAAGCAAUUAAUGUAUAUUAUUUAGUUUUAAGUCAGUGUCAUACAUUCCAAUGAUGAUAUGAAUGUGCUGUGUUAUUUUUUAUUUAUUCUUGAUGUACCUAUUUAAAGACAUUUUUACUAAAUAAUAUUUAUUUAUAUGUACAGAAAAUCGUAUUUUAUGUAAAGCAUUAGAAAUUAGAGAAAUAAACUUUUUUUUAAA